CUCAGUGGAAGCUUCUCUCUUUGACCAAGUGGCUGAUUGCUUCUGUGUCAAAAAUUUUUCUCGUCAUCCUGAGGAGGUUGUGAAAAACCAGUGGCCCCAAAAUUUACUGCAUUCGUGGAACAACGACGGUAAAUUAUUCGCAAAACUCGGAAUAACUCGGAACCGUUCAUUCCUUAGACCGAUUGGAAUCGAUCGAAGUCGGUGCGUGUGCAGUUUCGGUUGAGUGACCUUUCUCGCCACAGGAAAAGCGAAGAAAAAGCUAUCGCAAAGAGCGCUUCCGGUGAUUCUGUGCUGAGGUGUUGACUUGAGGAGCUAGGAACAAAACCAGAUCGAAAAAGCUCACUACCAUGGAUGAGGAAUACGACGCCAUUGUCCUCGGUACCGGACUGAAGGAGUGCAUCCUGAGUGGAAUGUUGUCCGUGUCCGGCAAAAAAGUGCUGCACAUUGACCGAAACAAGUACUACGGUGGUGAAUCUGCAUCGAUUACGCCAUUGGAAGACCUGUUCGCCCGAUUCGGGGUGAAGCUUCCGGAGAAUAAGUACGGUCGUGGCCGUGACUGGAAUGUGGACUUGAUUCCCAAGUUCUUGAUGGCCAAUGGGUUGCUUGUGAAGCUGCUAAUCCACACGGGCGUGACCCGUUAUCUGGAAUUCAAGUCCGUCGAGGGAAGUUACGUCUACAAGGGAGGCAAAAUUUCCAAGGUUCCGGUCGACCAGAAGGAAGCCUUGGCCUCGGAUUUGAUGGGCCUGUUCGAGAAACGCCGCUUCCGGAACUUCUUGAUCUACGUUCAGGACUUCGUGCAGGAUGAUCCCAAAACGUGGGGCGACUUUGACCCAUCCGCCAAGAGCAUGCAGGAACUGUACGAUAAAUUCGGACUGGACAAGAACACGCAAGAUUUCGUAGGUCACGCUCUGGCUCUGUACCGUGACGACGAAUAUCUGGCGGAACCGGCCGUCAAGACCGUCAACCGCAUCAAGUUGUACUCAGACUCCCUUGCUCGUUAUGGCAAAUCACCGUACCUGUAUCCGAUGUACGGUUUGGGAGAACUGCCACAGGGAUUCGCUCGGCUGUCGGCCAUCUAUGGUGGCACCUACAUGCUGGACAAACCAAUCGAUGAGAUUGUCUACGACGACAGCGGUAAGGUAGUGGGUGUACGCUCUGGCACCGAAGUGGCCAAAUGCAAGCAGGUAUACUGUGAUCCCACCUAUGUACCUGAUAAGGUGCGCAUCAAGGGAAAGGUGAUCCGAUGCAUUUGCCUGCUGGAUCAUCCAGUGGCCAACACCAAGGACGCCUUGUCCACACAGAUCAUCAUUCCGCAGAAGCAGGUCGGACGUCGCUCCGACAUCUACGUUUCGCUCAUCAGCUCGACUCACCAGGUUUCGGCCAAGGGUUGGUUCAUUGGCAUGGUAUCUACAACAGUAGAAACCGCAAAUCCGGAGGAGGAAAUCCGACCUGGACUUGAUUUGUUGUCUCCGAUUGCACAAAAGUUCAUUUCGGUGUCGGAUUACUACGAGCCCACCGACAAUGGACUGCAGUCGCAGGUGUUCAUCUCUGAAUCGUACGACGCCACUACACACUUCGAGACUACCUGUCUGGAUGUGUUGGAUAUCUUCAAGCGUGGAACCGGGGAAGACUUCGACUUCUCCAAGAUCAAACAGGAACUCGGGGAUGAGGAGCUGUAAUUUGUGGGUUGAGAACAAUUGAAAAAAAGACAAGAUCACUCAAACUUCUCAGAAGUGACCCUCUUUCGGAAAAAGGGACAAACAUCAUCCAGAGGAAUGGAAAGAGCAAAUCAUCUUCUCUCAGAUAAGAAGAAAAUAUUAUUGAUUAUGAUUAUAAUAUGAAGAAAAUCCGCAUCUGAUACAUUAUGAAUAUUUACUGCUAUUUUUAUUAGUAUCAAAAAAUUACUUUAAAAAUAUUAUAUUGUGUAACAGACAUGCUAUUGUAAGGUAUUUUGAAAUCAAUUUGCGAAUACAAUAGAAAGGGAAUGCAUACAAAUUUAUAAGAAGAGCUCACACUUGUUGGUUCUUUUUUGAUAGAGUUUGUGGCUAAGGCAAACCCCAUCGAGGCAUUACUGUUGAUUACAAAAAUCCAGUGGAAAUGAAUACAUCGAACUUUCCAAGAAAUUUGUACGACCGAAGAAGAAAGUACGGACAAAUAUAAAUAAAUGAAUUUGUGAUGCAGCGCUAUACACAAUCGCUUGGUUUAGUUGGUCUUUCUUGGUUACGGUUGAAUUUUAGUAACUAAACGCCGCUACCGAAUGUUAUUCAACCGAACAAAAACGAGUAUUGUUUCAUGUCAGGUUCAUGUUUUCGUCGCAAAACAUUGUUACGAUCACUGGUAGAAUUUCUAUGGGUAUGAAAAAAUCCCAUACACCAUUUAAAAUCUUAUACAACUAGUGUUUUGCUUUGACGGGUGUUAGUAGAAAUCAGAUAAUUAUAUCAGCUAAACGCUAUGCCACAGGAAACAAAAACAUCUAUUACUAAUUAACGAAAAAAAAGUGCAACGGUGAGGGUAAAACCGCUUAAUUAUAAUGUGCAAACAUCAGAAGGAUGAAAAAGUUAGAAUAACCAAAUUUAUCAACAUAUUGUAUUCACCAAAAUCAAGAGUAUCCCAUUCUAAUUAUUAUUAAUGAACGAGAAAACCUGUGCAUGAAAUUCAACCAAUCAGUAAAUAAAACCAUAUAAUUUUGGCUUUUAAAAAUGGACUCCCCAUUUGUUUUUUAAUUUGUGAUGUUUUCCCUUAAAGGUUUAUAAUCUGUCAAGACAUGACAAAAUAAGAAUAAUUUCUCAACUAUAAUUAUCUCAAGUAAUAACAUGAAUCGAAAUUCCUAACAAUUCGUAUGUGAACCUUAUCGUACUCUGCGCGAGGAAAUGAUGGUAGUCAAAUGUUAUCUUUGCAAGUAAGCUAAAGGAAAAAAAAUUGAAAUCCAUAUGUGAAAGUGAAUAAAAAAAUAUACUAUAAGCCUGUUCACGUGAUAGCAUUAAAACAAAAGCAAAUUCAGAUCAAACCAUACUGGACGGAACCAUUCCUGUUUACUACGAAUUUAAAUUGAUAAAAUUCGAGAACAACGCGAAACAGUAUAAUACAGCAUUUGUAAAUCUCGAAAUUGCUUUGCCAACCAACAAACAAGUUAUAAAUUAUACAUAACAGCGAAAGCUUACAGUUGAAAGAAAAAAGGAAACUCCAUCAACCGGUAUGAAGUUUUGGAUAAAUUUAAGAGACAUUAAACGUAAAAAACGGUGUUGUUUUCCUUGUGUAAUUCAAUAUGUCAAUCUUUCUAACAUAACAGCAUUGUAUAACUAUUUCCAACUGAUUUUCGUUGAACUCAUUUCAAUCCAGGAUCACAAAUAAACUCCAAGAAAGUAGAAUCACCGAAACACACACAGCAUUGCCCUAUAGAAAUUCUCUAAAUACUUUUCAUCACCCACUCGGUACUGCUAGAAACAAGUCAUAAAAAAGGAAGCAAAGAAGCCCCUGCAUCUAUGCAAGAAUAGAAAAAAAGAGUGAACGGAAAUCUAAACCCAACAAAUAAAGAAAUUUUCAUCCUAGUACGAAAUUGGUUCUCACAAAGAGGAAGAAAACAAUA